AGCUUGACUCAAAAUAAUUGGAAGCUGUGUUCCUCUACGAACUUUAAAUAACUCGUAUUAAUUAAUGCAGAUUCCAAUUGAAACUAUUAUCUUUAGAAAAGAUUUAUCAAAAGCAAUAAUGUUUGCUGAAGGUGAAUUACGAGACUUAGUUGUUCAAAAUUUAGAAUCGUGCGGAUUUUUGAAUAAAAUUAAGGCUGAGCUACGAGCUGGGGUAUUUCUUGCUUUGUCUGAAGAAGAAAGUUUUAAAAAAAAGAUUCCUUUGUUUAACAAGCAACUUGAAAACUUCUUAAAUACGGAUGAAGGGAAACUUGCUGUAUCAGUUGUGCGUGAGUUCUUAGAAUAUUUCAACCUCAGUUUCACUUUGUCAGUGUUUGAUCCAGAGGUCUCUAGUUCUACUGCCAGUCGAAAAAGCUUAUGCGAAGAUCUUAAUUUAAAGGAAACGGAAUUUGACGGACCCAUUUUGUCAGCUCUGUUAAAAACGCAUGGCUCUUCAAAAUUUGUUAGUUCUAAAAAUAAUGAAGACAAUGUUAAAAAAUUUCAAGAUUUAAUGGAUAAGAGUUCUGUUAGUGAUAAGCUUAAUGAGAAAAAUACUCUAAAUAGCUUUCAAAAAAGUACGAAGCAGACGAAAGAUAUUUCUCUAGAGAGCAGUGAAACCAAUAAAAACAGCAACACUUCAUUUUCUGUGAACAAUGUGGGAAAUAACAGAAAUUUUUUUGAUUUUAGUAAGCCUGAAGAGAAAGACAUAUUUAAAGAUCAGUCUAUUGAUAAUUUUUUUGAUGAUCCUGUACCCUCUGAAAAGUCGAACAUUUUUAUGGGUAGUUCAUUAAAAGAACCAAAAUCACUUUCUUCUACUUUAUUAGCCUCUGAGAAAGAAAGUCUUAGUGCUCUAAGUAAGCAGAAAAUACUUUCUUCGACUUUUUUUACAUCUGAAAAAGGUAGCGCAUUAAAUGAUGAGAUAAAAGUCUCUUCUUUUUUAACAUCCGAGAAAGAUAGCGUACUGCAGGAUCAGAAAAGGAUAUCUUCUACUUUAUCGUUAUCUGAUAAAGGAAGCUUAUCGUCGCUGAGAGAUUUGCCUUCUUUGAUGAAGCAGGAUAAGAGUAAAAAUAAAGAAUUGCAGGAAAUAACUGAUAUUGGCCACGUUGAUAAAGACGAUUUUGCAAAGAAAGAUAUAGAUCCUGAAUCAUCUGAAGAGAUUGACCGACAGAUGAAUUCUGAGGAAAGUAUUGAAGAGGAAAUUGAGGAAGAAUUUUCUGCCGGAUUAGAUGAUUUGUUAAAUAGUAGUCUAUCUUUAGGAGAUGAUGCUACUUCUGACCAGACAGUGUCACAAGCUAGUGUUGUUGAUGGAGUUGAUCACAUUGAGACUUGCAACACUGUAAAUUAAAUGUGAAAUUAUUUACAUAAAUUUGUUUUGUAAAGUAUCAAAAAUACCAGGGGCGCAGACAAUUUUCAGACCAUAAUAUUUCCCCAGAAUGCGGAUUUAUUGGUUUGAAAUUUCUCCCAAAUUUAUAGCGCUUUUUUUUAGUUAAAAUGUUUUCUUAAUAUAUUAUUAGAAGAAAAUGUUUUGAUAGUAUUUAUUCCUUUAACAAGGAAAAAACAAAUUAUUUUAUACAGUUCUUGAAUAAACUGGCAUCUGUGUUAAAAAUAAUAAAAAUCAAAAUAUAUUAAAAUGGUAAUAAUUUAUAAAACUAAAUUUAAAGCCCUACUUAUAAUUGUAAAAAAUUUGAACUAAUAAAUAAGCAAAUUGUAACAUUCUUUUUUUAUAUAUAAGGAAAAAAUUGUAUAGCAUUUUUUUCUUUCUCAUUUGACCUAAAGUUUCUUCCAGGCUGCUUUUAUUUUCUCUAAACUUCGUUUACGUGAUGAUCUGACAUAUUCUGCACCCUUGCUAAAAACAUGAAAAUUGUCGAACAUCUCUAUUCAUAACACAGUUUUCUCGCUAAGUAUUUUUAUAAAAGUGGCCCACGAUACCUGCCUUUUUAUUAAGGCUAAUAUACCCACCUUGUCCUUUUCAUGAAAGUACUACCCCUUUUUUUCAGAAAAGAAUCCUUUUUUUAUAAAGUUAUUAAAAAGUGCAACAUGUUUUGUUUAGUAAUACAUUUUGGGACUUGUUUAAUAUUUUGAUAAGUCACAUCUUUAAAAUAUUUCUCGUUUACCUUUAGAUUUUUGAUAUGCACAUGUUUUGAGCUAUUUACCUGUUUUCAUACUUUUCAAGCACCCUGUAUAUUAAAACUUGACAUAAUAUUUUAGACAUUUAAGUGCUACCUAAUUUUCUUAUUGUUGUUUUGAUAAUAUUACAUCUUGUUGCAGCAACAUAGAAUAUCAUUUUUUGUUGCACUUAUCUAUUAGAGAAAUAACUUAAGUGAUUUAGUGAAUAACAAAUGUUUGUAAUCAUUCAACAAUUUUUUAAAAAAUAAGCAAAUUCGAGCAGUUAUAAAUAAAAAGAAAGAAGAAAUCAGAAUUCUGGAUUCAAAAAAGAAGAAUAUGUAAUUUUUUUCAAUAUAUAUAUAUAUAUAUUCUAUUGUGUGUAUAUGAAAAAAAUAUUUUUUAGAUAAAAAUUUUUUCUUUCUGUCAUUUAAUUUUAUAAUUGUUAAAAAGUGACAGUUUUUUUAAAUAUCUUCUAUGUAAAUAUAUAUAUUAUAAUGUGUAUAAAAAUUCAGAUAAUUCUUUCUUCCAGGAUGCAAAUUAAUCAGGAUUAAUUUUUUUGAUUUUAUUUAUUAUUUUAUUUUGCUGUUUCUCUGUAAUUAAUAAUAUAUUUUUAUUUCAUUUUCAAUAAAUGUAUUCAUAUUUUUGUGUUA